AUGGAUGUAUCAGCCGUGCUUGCUGAGGAGACAAAAGAGGGACCUCCCACUCAACAGACACAAGCAUCUCAAACAUCAUCGUCUUCCGCCUCCAUCACUUCGGAAAAGGCGGACCUCGAAAACAACAACAAUGGCACCUCCGCUUCAACCGAGUUCACCAUUUCAACCCAAUUCAUUCUGGCCUUUGUUGCUCUGGCAGUAUUAACGCUCAUGGUGGCGCUUGAUGGCACUUCAAUCAGUGUUGCCCUCCCGAUCAUCGCCAAAAAGCUGCACGGAACAGCCAUCGAAGCCUUCUGGGCUGGCACAUCCUUCCUCCUCGCCUCGACCGUCUUCCAACCCAAUUUUGCGUCGUUCAGUCAUAUCUUUGGAAGAAUGCCGGUGAUCAUGGUCUCGAUUGCAUUGUUCUUCAUAGGAGUCAUGAUGGCGGCCUUGUCGAAUGAUUUCGGGCUAUUACUCGCGGGGAGGGCGGUCCAAGGUAUUGGUGGAGGUGGUGUCAUGGCCAUGACCGAAAUCGUCGUCACAGACCUUGUCCCUCUCCGUUACAGAGGUCAGUGGGCCGGAAUCAUCGCAGGCAUGUGGUCCAUUGGCUCUGUCUCCGGUCCCAUCAUUGGCGGCGCCUUUGCCCAAGUACAAUGGCGGUGGAUUUUCUGGCUCAACCUCCCCUUCAUUGGCAUUGGCUCCGUCAUGAUUCCGCUGUUCCUCCGCCUCAACGUCGUACCCCAGAGCAUUGCCGCGAAACUGCGGCGCGUGGAUUGGGUCGGCACGGUCAUCUUCGUGGGCAGCAUGACGAGUUUCCUAAUCCCCUUGACGUGGGGUGGCGUCAUGUACAGCUGGUCGUCGUGGCGGACGCUGGUGCCGUUGCUCGUCGGUGCUGCGGGUCUGAUGGGCUUCUGCUUUUACGAGAGGUACCUCGCUCCCGAGCCCUUGCUGAGACUGUCGGUGUUCGGCAACCACACCGCCAACAUUGCCUAUGUCACCACAACCCUCCACGGCAUGGUCCUCUGGUGUAUCUUGUACUACCAGCCACUGUACUUUGAAGCCGUCAAGGGCUACACACCCGUGGUUUCUGGAGUUGCACUCUUUCCCGAGACCUUCACGGUGGCGCCCAUGGCGGUAGUGACGGGUCUGCUGAUCACCAAAUUCGCGGCGUACCGCUGGGCCAUCUGGGGGGGCUGGGGCAUCGCGACGCUGGGCCUAGGCCUGUUAACGAUCCUCGACGUCGGCACGACCAUCCCACAAUGGAUCUUCAUCAACCUAGUAUCCGGAAUCGGACUAGGCAUCCUCUUCCCCGGUCUCCAAUUCCAAGUCCAAGCAGCCAGCUCCAACAAGGACAUGGCCUUCGCGGUCUCCAUUUUCGUCUUCUUCCGCUCCUUCGGCCAAGCUUUGGGGGUCGCCAUCGGCGGCGUCAUCUUCCAGAACCAAAUGCUCUCCAACCUGCAGAAAUACCCGGCCUACGCGAGCCAAGCGUCGGAACUCGCAAAAGACGCCGCCGCCUUGGUGGAAAUCAUCAAAAACACCCCCGCCGGCCAGGGGAAGCUGGAUCUUCGCACCGCGUACACAGACUCCCUGCGCACCGUGUACAUCGUGCUCACCGCGCUGGCGGGCUUCUCCCUCGUUGCGAGCUUGUUCAUCAAGGCGUACGAUCUCAACGUCGGUCUCGAGACGGAGCAGGGCCUGAUUGUGAGCGUCAAGAAGGUCAGCAGUGGCGCCAAAGCUCAAGGCGACGAGGAGAUGGCGGUCCCGGUCGACCACCGAGGUGGGGAGCAAGAAGUCAAGGCUGAAGGUGAAGAUGUGCGGACAUCGACUUGA